AUGACACCGACGCCGAGUCAGGCCCAUGCGCUUGCACUUGUGGAGCGAAUUGAGGGCUGCAUGAGUCUUGUCGCUGUGUUUCUCAUCUUUAUUACGUACGGCCUCGUGGCGCGACUGCGGAACCCUCGGAAUACCUUCAUUGUCAUGGCGAGUAUCGCCAACCUCGGCUCGAGCAUCGCUUGCAUCAUUGCGAGGGAUGGACUCGCGGCUGGGGAAGACUCUGCGCUCUGUAAAGCGCAGGCGUUUCUACUUCAAAUGUUCGGGCAGUCCGAUCCGUGGUGGGCUUUUGGGCUGUCCCUCAACACUCUCCUCGUUGUCCUGGGCCGUACAAACCCCCAUACGUUCCACGCGUUGCAAUACUGUCUUGUCUGUUUUGGAGGGCCAUUUAUCAUCGCUUUUACGCUGCUUUUUAUUUCAACACCAGCUCGUGGACCUAUUUAUGGCCAAGCAUACGUUUGGUGCAGUGUUAGUGAUAAUUGGCCAAACGUUCGCGUCUUUUCUUCAUAUAUCUUCGUAUGGCCUUGUAUCGUUGGUUCGGUCGUCCUGAAUUUCAUUGUUGGCUACCGCAUCUUCCACUCAAGGAAUCGAAUCCGGCAUCUGUCGAAUUCAAUAGUAGUUUAUCUAGUCACCCUUAACUUGAUUACGUCUGUUGACACAGCUCAGGACUCAACGAAGACUGCCAUGCGUAACGCCGAGAACGCUGCAUAUCCAGUGCUUAUCGCGGAAGAUUUUGUCACCCUCGCGCCCGUUCCCUAUGUUUCGUUGCCUGUGCCGUUACACACGCGACCUACGUUAGGAGUUCUGGAAGCCUCAAUACACGAGACAGCGGAUUACUGCCUACCGACAAUCACUUCGAACAAACCUCGUCAUUCGACUCCACGAAAACGCCGAGUACAUCACACCAUAAUGGUAACCAGGAGGGUAUUAUCAAAAUACCGUCUUGAGGACCCUGUAAAGAGGGUAUAUCUACGCGCCACAUUACUCUUCACUUUCAGCGUCGUGGUCUCGUGGACGCCAGCAACCAUUAACCGCUUUCAUAGCUUCAAGUACGGGUACUCCUCAUUCCCGUACCAAAUUGCGACUGUGUCCCUUCUACCACUCCAAGGUGUCUGGAAUGCGAUUAUUUUCUUUGUGACUAGCCAUAAAAUUAUGGAGGACUGGGCGCAGGAUCAACGGACUCUGAGGGUUUCCAGGCCGAGGGUUGCUACUGAGGAAGCGAUGAUAAGGAGACUUGCCAGAGGCCCGAAUAUGGGUUUAUCUAUGCUAGAUUGA